GAAGCUGUGGAUCUUUUUCGGACACAAGUGUUUGGUCUGCAUUCACCAAAUUUUCGAUACAGCAGUUUCAAGCGAGGCCUCGGGGAAACACUUAGAACAGUCUCUUUUCAUAGGUGCAUGCUUGUCAUGGACAUCUGUCAUUAUCUCAUUAGCAGCAUGUCACUGCUGGGGUUGGUUGCCAUGGCACAGGAUUGCAUGCCAGUGACGUGUUUGAACUGUAACAGCAGCCACAUUCAAAAGGACAGCUUAGAUAAGGCUUGUCUUGGGGAGUGUAAGAGUACCAAUACAUGCAUCAGCGGAUUAAGGCCUAAUUCAACCUGCAUAAAAGAUUUUCCACUGCAGUUGAAAGCCUCUUCAAUGAAGAUCAAUGCGGGGGACCCUGUCAAUGUCAGCUGUGAGCACAACCUCACUCUAGACAACAUCAAAGAAUUUAUUUGGCUUCAGGACAAUAAAACUUUACCUUGCGAAAUCACAACCCAGGUGAACCUUAAGGACAGUUUUCCUUGUAAAAAAGCAAGCCAGCUGACCCUUGACGACCAAUUCAGUGAUUUCAACAUCACCUGCAAAAUACACAGUCGAUGUGGUAACUUCACCUCGGACACCCUGAAUAUCACUGUUACAGACAACAGCCUGUGGAUCCUGUUUAUUUGCGGAGGGGCUGCUGUUUUCCUUAUUCUUAUUUUCACUUUGGGCAUGAAGCUUCUUCUCAAGAGGGAUAUCGCUCAGAGGCAGACCAGAAAGAGGCAAAACAAUGUCACAAACCACGCUACUACUACAACUACUAGCACGUCUGAAUGAAAGGUCUGCUUACCACGUGUAACACAUAUCAAUAUUUACCUGAUGCUCUUCAUUCUAGUGGAGCAGUUUUUGGAUCUUCGAAAAGCGUUGAAAGACACACUCUGUUUACUUUGUAUCUAAGUAAUUCAUUCUUUAUGUUCUUUAUGAGUUAUGGUUUGUAAAGGUUUAUUGUUAUUAUUAGUAUUGUCAUCGUUAUUAUCUGUUAAAUUUGAUUUAGUCUAUUACUAAUAUUGGUAUUUUUUUAAUUAAUGCUAUAUGACUUUACUUUAAACUGUUAAUUUUGAUGUUAUGUUUAUAUUAAUGUCGCUUUGGUCAAAAGUGUCUGCUAAGAACUAUAAACAUAAGAUAAAUGUGCACCAGAGUGUACUGCUGGAUGAAACAUAGAUUGGUAAAUUUAAUAAGUUUAAUCAUUUCUGAAAUAAUCUUUCAGAUUUCACCACAGUAAAUGUAAAUCAAGUGUAUAGGCCAAGUAUACUUGCGUAUAUAAGGAAUUUGGUCUCUGCAUUUAUCCCAUCCGUGAAUUAGUGAACAC